AUGGAGGAAUCAGGAUCAGAACCCGCAAGACAAGUGGUCUAUUGUGGAGUUUGCACAUUACCCCCAGAGUAUUGUGAAUUUGGUGGUACUGCCAAAAAAUGUGAAGAAUGGCUCAAGGACAAUGAUUCGGACCUAUGGGAUAAGCUAUACUCCGAAGUCAAACCACAGCCCCUCCCUCCUCUCUCUCCCCCCCUCCCCACAUACGUGAUAACUGACUCUCCACCAGAUGCUUUGAACGCCAACCUCUCUACCCUGUCAGUCUCGGCACAAGAGCGUGCCGCCAAGGAUGCAGCCAAGAAGGAAGCCAAAGCUGCUGCAAGUGAGGCGCGAGAUAGCGAGCGCAAGGCUGCCUCCAAGGUUAUUAUUAAGCGGGUGGAACGGAACAAGCGCAAAUAUGUGACUGUGGUCAUCGGUCUAGAGGUCUUUGGUCUGGAGAACAAGAAGAUUGCAAAGGAUUUGGGCAAGAAGUUCGCCACUGGGUCCUCGGUGACUCGGUCCCCAGCAGGCAUAGAGGAGAUUACUGUCCAGGGUGAUGUCAGUGAUGACCUUUCCGACUGGUUACUCGAGGUGCACGGGAACAAGAUUCCCGAAGCAAACAUUGAGUUUGUCGAAGACAAGAAGAAGAAGAAGACCGAAGCGGCCUUGCCGUAA